CAGCAGAUGGCGGAGGAGGAACGGUUAAUGAAUGGUUGCUGAGCGACAAGGACGCAAACGAAUCCGAGCUGCGCAUGCGCUGAUACUGUCCGUGGCUGAAACCUGCUGAAGCCUUGGAAAUAAAAAUAACGAAUAAGUAAUCACAUUAUUACCAACCAUUGAAGAAACGUGUAGUUUUUUGUUACGCUUGGAAAGGCAUUUUAAUGGCUGGUAAAAAGAAGGAGAUUAGUUUACAGAUAAAUAUCAAUAAUGACGACCAAUGGAGUGAAGUUCUGGCAACAAAAGGGUUAAUCGUGGUUGAUGUGUACCAGCAGUGGUGCGGACCCUGCCGUGCCGUCGUUAGUCUCUUUAGAAAGAUCAAGAAUGAGCUGGGAGACGACCUGCUGCAUUUUGCCACGGCAGAGGCUGAUGGGAUUGAAGCUCUGGAGAAGUACAGAGGAAAGUGCGAGCCCACCUUUCUGUUUUAUGCGGGUGGGCAGCUCGUGUCAGUAAUGCGGGGACCGAACUCUCCUCUCCUGCAGAAGACGAUACAGGAAGAGCUGAACAACGAGAAGAGCGUUCUAGAACACGGGGUCGCUCGCAGGGCGGUGAAAGAUGAAAGUUUAACUGAAGAAGAGGUGAAUGGUGACAUUGAGGAUAACCCACAUGAUGAAGAUCUGAGUGCUGCUGAUAAUGAGUCUUACACAGUGGCAAUAAUAAAGCCCGAUGUGGUGGCACACGGCAAAGCAGACGAGAUUAUUAUGAAGAUUCAGGAUGCAGGUUUUGUGAUUCUAGCCCACGAGGAGAGAACGCUGAGUAAAGCAGAAGCUGAAGGCUUUUAUCGACACAAAGCAGCAGAGCCUUACUUUCAGGAACUCAUCCAAUUUAUGUCGAGCGGGCCGUCGCAUGUCCUGGUCAUUUCUAUGACGGAGGGCCGUGAGGACGUCAUCCCAGCCUGGCGGGAAUUCAUCGGUCCACCGGAUGUGGAAGAGGCCAGGACCAAUCAGCCAGAGAGCUUGCGGGCUCAGUACGGGACCGAGACCCUUUCGAACGCUCUACAUGGCAGCUCUGACAGCGAGCAGGCCAGCAGGGAGCUGGCUUUCUUCUUCCCGAACUUCAGGAUGGCGAUGGCGGGCUCGAGCUCGGAGCGGGCCGGGCCGGAAAAGGAGCAUGUGGAGAGGACGCUGGCGCUCAUCCGCCCAGACGCUGCCAGGGAAAACAGAGAGGAGAUUCUGGCCAGGAUCCAUGAAGCAGGUUUCACAGUGGCCAUGCAGAAAGAGAUCAUGCUGUCGGAGGAUCAGGUCAGACAGUUCUACAGCUCUCAUGUAGAGGAGGAAUACUUCCCCAGUUUACUCCACAACAUGACCAGCGGGCCUGUGUUAGCAUUAGCGCUAGUAAAGCAAGGAGCCGUGGAACACUGGAGGAACAUCCUGGGACCCAAAGACCCCGUCCAGGCUAAAAGUGAAGAACCUAACAGUUUGCGAGCUCAGUUCAGCGAUGUGAACUCCAGUAUUAACCAGCUUCACGGCAGCGGAAGCUCAGACGAGGCGGAGAACGAGAUCGGCUUCUUCUUCCCACCAGAGGACACGCUCGCUGUCAUUAAACCCCACACCGAACGCAAAGAGGAAAUCCUGGAGGAGAUUCAGGCCAGAGGAUUCUCCAUUUCCCAUCUGAAGGACACGGUUCUGUCCAGAGAGAUGGCAGAGGAGUUUUAUAAAGAGCACCGGGACAAACCCUUCUUCAGUCAGCUGGUGGAUUACAUGUGUCGAAACGGAGGAGAGCUUUGCGGAGCUCAAGAAUCUACAAGCUUCAAGAUCUCCUUCGUUUGA